GAAACCGACGGAUAUUUUUCGCCUGAGCGACAAAAGCAGUCAACUCUGGAAUCAGUGUGCAAGAUGCAUCCUCUAAAGGCAAACGUCGACAAACUGUCAGGGGAGUAAAGCCUUGAAGAACAGGACAUCGAAUAUGCAACUCUUUUGCAUUCAGUUCUACGCAUGAAGUUAAUCUGAAGACUCGUAGAAGAACAGUAAGACGAUAAAAGAACAAUAUACUAACAUCAUUUUGUGAAGGGCAACUAACUGUUUGAAGGCGUCAUCAUCUGUGACCCUGAACUUAAAGUGGACUAGUAAAUAAAUCAUUGUUAUUGAACAACAGCUAAAUAGCUAUUUUCGAGUCCAUUUGAAUUCUGGGAGGAUUAUCAAGUAAACUUUUUUCUUACCCUGUGGUGACUAAUGACUAUGAAGGCGGUGACAGUGCCACGUUUAAGACUGCGUCUGUGAUGGGCUGAGCAAGCGAAACUGAAAUCAUUUUGUUGGUUUUCUACAUUGUAACGGUUUUAGAGUUAUGACGGAGGUUUUUGAAGUGGUCUUGGCCACUAUUCCUUAUAUUAGCAUUUCCCCCCACAUGCUUACAAGUUAAUGAUUUAUUUGAAAUAGUUAUUUUACCCGGUUCAGGGUGGGCAAUGUUAUUCCAAAGUCCAUGACUUCACUCCAACGUCCCACUCCUUCUCAGAAUGCUGGACUGACUGCUGAGGAAUGGCAUCGGCGAUAUUCGAGGGGACGUCUCUGGUCAACAUGUUUGUCAAGGAUUGCUGGGUGAACGGGAUCCGGAGACUGAUCAUAAAUCAGCGAGGAGAGGAAGAAGAAUUCUACGAGAUCAGAACCGAGUGGUCAGACAGAAACGUUUUGUAUUUGCACAGGAGUUAUUCCGAUUUUGGGAGAUUGUUCAAAAGACUGGUUGAAUCAUUCCCUGAGGACAGAAGAGCUCUCUCCAAGUCGCCGCUUAUCGAAGGUCUGGUUAAGAUUAAAGAGGCCAGUGACAUUGAGCUGAAACUAAAUGAGGUGGAGAAGCUACUGAAGAAUGCCAUCAACAUGCCAUGGAAGUAUUCUAGGUCAGAGGUGGUGUUGACAUUCUUUGAGCGAUCACCGCUGGACCAAGUGCUGAAGAAUGACAACGUCCACAAGAUCCAGCCAUGCUUCCAGAGUCCAUACAAGAUAUCAGAGAUCAUGCGUUCCAAUGGCUUCUGUCUGGCCAACACAGAGACAAUUGUGUUUGAUGAGAGUCUGCCACAGGACGCAGAGAGACCCUCAUCCACUGACUCUGCUGCUGGCUCUGCAGAACACCUGUACGAGGAUGGCAGGGAGUUCCUGACGGUGGAACCAGACAUCAGUGACGAUGACUCCGAUGCCUACGUCACAAACCUGUCUUACUACCAUCUGGUCCCCUUUGAGACGGACAUCCUGGAAUGAGGAGCCAAAAUGGCUGACGAGGCAGAGAGCCUAAAGAGGAGGAAAAACACAUAUUUUUGGGCACUGGAGGUGGUUCUGUUGACUGGCUGCAUUGGAGAAAUGGCACCACAUCCUUCUUAAUGCUCCCUGGGGAAGAAGGAAAAUCCCACCACUAGCAACUCAAUGCUGAAAUAAGGAACUGGACUAUUUAAAAGGAAAAUUGUACAUGAUAUAUAGAACGGUUGAUUGUAUUAAUUUCUGUUCCGAGUCAGUCUAGACAGCAGACGUUGAUUGGUGAAGGAUCUUGUACAGUGUGCAUGCAUCCAUCCAUCCAUCCAUCCACCAGUCAUGGCUAAACGGUACUCAACUAAUCCCGUGUGGCCUCAGGAGAACCCAACCAAACUCCAGUACUCUGGUCUCUCCGCCACACUCUUUGAACACACCAGUAUGUCAAGUUCAACAAAUGUCAGACAUCGGUGUGAUCAUUUGGAAGAUGUUUUUGGUUUUAUUACAAUGAUAUUCUAAUUUAAUAUAAUGUUAAGAGGUUAUUUAUUUUUAUAGUCCAAAUGUUUGACAGACUGGCUGUCAUAUCGCUAAGCUAACCGUGACCCGCCUUGUAACCUUGUUGAUAUGCUUACGGCCAGUGUGAGACAUAUCUUGAAACAUACUGCAUCUGCUCAGUAUUAUUAAUUAUAUUAAUCAAGAGUCUAAAUCCUGUCUGGAGGGGGGCUCUAAACUAACAAAUGGAAUUGUUAUAAGAUAGUCAUACCAAGGAUUAUUUAGCUAUUUGAUUUUGAAUGUUAAGGUUCCUUAAGGUAUCCCCCAAAAAAUAUUGGAUGAAAAAUGUAAUUUGGCAUUAGGCCUACUGUUAUUAACUAAGAGAUGCACCACGUGGAACAACAGAUAGUUAAAGAAGUUUAUUCUGAAGUGUCUGUUGAAUAUCUGAGAGAUAUAAGAUCAGGGAACUCUAUUUUUUUUACAUGUAUUUGUCCCCUUAGUUUAGGCACUAAACUAUCUCCAUAAACUAUACUUCAAUGUCUUAUUUGAACUGGUACCGGGACCUUCAGUCUUGUGAGGCUUGUGGGCGUCCUAGAGCAAAAUGGAGAACAUACUUUUUUGUUGUUUUUUUUACAUUUUAUUUUAGCCCCUUUUCUCCCCAAUUUCGUGGUAUCCAAUUGAUUUUAGUAGCUACUAUCUUGUCUCAUCGCUACAACUCCCGUACGGGCUUGGGAGAGACUAAGGUUGAAAGUCAUGCGUCUUCAAAACGGAGAACAUCGUCAUGUUUGUGAGAGUCUCAGCUUUCCACAGAGGGGCGACCGUUCCAGGCGCUACAGACAGAAGUUGGCAUAAGAGGCUAUACUGACUUCAGACGAGUCUUGUGGGAAUGGUUGAGCAAAACGGAGAACAUUGUCGUGUUCGUAAGAGUCCUCUUUCAAUCGUUUGUAGGCCAAACGGUUCGGACGCUACGGACGUUUUCGUGAGGAGACCGAUUUUCGGGAUGUCUCAUGGUCUGACAAACACCACUCUAGCUCUGCCACCUUUCACCACAGAUGCCCAAGGGUGAUAUCGGCAGAUGCGGUGGAUUGAGAUGCAGCCCAUGCAAAAAAAACAACAUAUCUCUAGUUUAAACAGACAGAUUGAUGGUUUUUUUGUAUAAUGUUAAUUCGAUUUCCGCAGGGGUGCGGACAUUGUAAGCCAAGGUUUAAUACUUCAUUCAUUCUGCCUAUGAUUGGUAGACUAUGUAACAAUUAUAUUAAAGAUGUUUUGUAAUAAAAAAAAUAA